GCCCAAAGUAUUUCGAGAGUUAUUUAGUCCUUUUACCUUAUCUCUGUUCUUUGCGCUCUUUACUUCUCCCUCUUCCUUAUUCUCCACCUUUUCUGGCACCUUCAUCAUAAUUCAAUUCACGAAAAACCCUCAAUUAAAAACCUUUAAACCCUAAAACCUUAUUAUUGACAUUCGUUUAAUCAUUGAAUAGAGGAAUUAAUCUGCACAACGGCUUGAAUACAUGGAGUCUGAGCCUCAGUUGGAUACGACGUCGCUUCUUGACCGGCAACUAUCAGGUGAAAUUGAUGCCCCUGCAUCUGGUUCACCAGGUAUUCCGGUUCCAAAGGCAGGUUUGCCUGUGGCGAAGAUAUCAAAGGAUGGAGAUGAUGAGGAUAAUGAGGAUGUUAGUGUAGAGGAUAGUGGUGAAGUUGAGUCUGAAUUGGGUAGCUCAUUUGCUGGGGAUAAGGCUCCUAGAGCUAGGGUUUCGGAUGAAGAGGACGAGGACGAGGACGAUAAAGGAGAGCGUGAGGAUGAAGUUUUUGAAGAGGCUAAAGAGGAAGCAGGUGGUGAUGAGGGCGCUCAAGAGAAGAUAGAGGGUGAGGUAUUAGAGGAUAAGGUGGUUAGUGGUGAAGAUAAAUUAGAAGAAAGUGGUUCAGUUAUAAGCUCCACGAAUGUUGAAAAUUGUGAUGUUGAAUUGAUUGAUGAGGAGGAUGCUGUUGUGGAUUCCAUAAAUGUGGAUGUUGGUGAAGCUGUAAGGUCAGGGGUUGCUGUUGUCCGGGUAGAAGAAGAAAAGAAGGACUCGAGUGUUGGGUUAGUUGAAACUGUUUCUAGUGAUAGGGAUGAUAAGGUGGAAUCUGAGGUUGAAUUAGUCAAGGAGACAUCUGUUGAAGAACCGGCUUUGGAGCACUCUGCAUCUGUUGAAGGUGCUGAGGUGAAGUUGACUGAUGAGGGUGAUUUCGUUAUGGAUUCAGUUGGUGUAGAUGUUAACGAAGCUCUUGGUUCUGGAGCUGCUAUUUUAGGGGAGGUAAAAAAGGUGGAAGACGCAGAGAAUACAUCAACGAUGGAAGUUGGAGACAAUGUUAUUGAAGAAUCUACCUCAGCAGUGGAUGAUUCAGUUGCAGAAGAACCUGCUGAAGUGGACUCAAAAUCCGUAAAAAUGGAUGAGGUGAAGAUUUCAAGUGAAGAAGACUCUGUUGUUGAUGGCGUGAAUGUUGAUGUUGUUGAAGCCGCUAGAUCUGGAGUCGCUAUUGUUGGGGAUUCUGGAGGAGCAGAAAUGGAAAAGGAAACAGAAGGCAAGGAAUUAGCUACAACUAUUGGUGAAAAUGUACCAUUGGCCAAUGAGUUUGAGCCACUGGUUCAUGGAAAUUCUUCAGAGAUUAGUGAAGUUGCUGGUGAACAACAUAAAGAAGCUCUUGCAAGUAAGGAAGACACUCCUUCAUCAGUAGACAUUCAUGAGAAACUGGCCACAGGGAUGACUAAGUCACAAAAUGAUGAACCUGAGCGCCUUGAUCAUGUUGAUGAUGCUGCUUCUGGCGAUAUCAACGAACAUGAACCAAAACAGCAAGCUAUAACUUCUAGCAAUGAAAAGGAUGAGGACGUUGGGGAAAUAUAUAGUGUACCACAAGAGGAACAGGAUUAUGGAGGCUCUGAUGGUGACGCUGAACCUGUUUUCCUUAAGGGUGGAGUGUCUUCCAGAGGUUUUACAGAGGAUUUGGCUUCUGGUGAUCUUUCUGAAAUGAUUGAUGAUCAGGUUGUCACAGAGUCUGAGGAGGAAGCUGACUCCGAUGAGGAAAGACAGGGCAGAGAAUUGUUUGAUUCUAGUACAUUUGCUGCUCUUUGGAAUGCAGCAACUAGGGCUGGUUCAGAUUCGGGCCCUAUCACUAUAACAUCUCAAGACGGUUCUCGCCUUUUCUCUGUCGAUCGACCUGCUGGUCUUGGAACAUCACUCCGAUCUGUGAGAUCUGCAUCAGGUUCCAGCAAUUCAAACAUAUUUUAUCCUCUCAAUACUGUUGCUCCUUCUGAAGAGAGUCUGAGUGAAGAUGACAGAAGGAAGCUGCAGAAAAUACACGAGUUGAGAGUGAAGUUCUUGAGGCUUAUGCAAAGACUUGGCCAGACUGCAGAUCAAUCCGCAGCAGCAAAUGUUCUGUAUAAAUUAGCCAUUCUUGCAGGUAGGACAGCUAUUCCAUCUUUCAGUCUUGAUAAUGCAAAACAGACAGCUCUGCAGCUUGAAGCCGAAGGGAAUGAAGAUAUAGACUUUUCUUUGAAUAUCCUUAUCCUUGGAAAAACUGGUGUUGGCAAGAGUGCCACCAUCAACUCGAUAUUUGGUGAAGAAAAGGUUAAAAUCAAUGCAUUUGAACCUGAAACCACUUCGGUUAAUGUGGUUGAGGGAAUUGUGAUCGGGGUCAAAAUAAGGGUUAUUGAUGCACCUGGUCUCAAAUCUUCAGCGUUGGAGCAAGGUUUUAAUCGUAAAAUUUUAGCCUCAGUCAAGAAGUUUACUAAGAAAUAUCCUCCUGAUCUCUUGCUUUAUGUGGAUCGUCUGGAUUCACAAACAAGAGAUCUUAAUGAUCUACCCAUUUUGAGGACAAUCUCUGGGUCGCUUGGUUCUUCAAUCUGGCGGAGUGCCAUUAUCACUCUCACUCAUGCUGCAUGUGCUCCUCCAGAUGGCCCAUCUGGUGCUCCAUUGGGUUAUGAUGUUUUUGUGGGACAGCGUAGUCAUAUCAUGCAGCAGUCUAUAGGUCAAGCUGUAGGUGAUUUGCUUUUAAUGAAUCUAGGCAUGAUUAAUCCUGUUUCUCUUGUGGAGAAUCACCCUGCAUGUCGGAAAAACAGAGAAGGCGAGAGGGUUCUUCCUAAUGGUCAGGCUUGGAGACCGCAGUUAUUGCUGUUGUGCUUCUCUAUCAAAAUAUUGGCCGCCGCAAGCUUGACAUCAAAGCCUCAAAAUCCUGCAGACCAACGGAAGCUUUUUGGUUUCCGUGUCCGUUCACCUCCUCUCCCGUACUUGCUAUCUUCAAUGUUACAGCCUCGAACCCACCCCAAACUUUCAGCAGACCAGGGUGGUGACAAUGGUGAUUCUGACAUUGACUUGGAUGACUUGUCUGAUUCUGAUCAAGAAGAAGAUGAGUACGACCAGCUCCCACCGUUUAAGCCUUUAAGGAAAGCACAGAUUGGUAAGCUUAGUGGAGAGCAAAAGAAGGCAUAUUUUGAGGAAUAUGACUACCGAGUGAAGCUACUUCAGAAGAAGCAGUGGAGAGAGGAGCUGAAGAGAAUGAGGGAGAUGAAGAAUGGGAAGAAUAGUUUUAAUGACCCCAGUGACAUGCCAGAAGAUUAUGAUGCUGAUAAUGGAGCCCCUGCUGCUGUACCAGUGCCUUUGCCUGACAUGGUUUUGCCACCAUCUUUUGACUGUGACACUCCAGCUUAUCGAUAUCGGUUCUUGGAGCCAACUUCACAGUUCUUGGCUCGUCCCGUUUUGGACACCCAUGGUUGGGACCAUGAUUGCGGGUAUGAUGGUGUCAACGUCGAGCAAAAUAUCGGAAUCGCAGGACGUUUCCCUGCAGCAGUGACUGUGCAGGUGACAAAGGACAAGAAAGACUUCAACAUUCACUUAGAUUCUGCUGUCUCUGCCAAGCAUGGAGAAAAUGGUUCCAGCUUAGUUGGGUUUGAUAUUCAAACUAUUGGUAAGCAGCUUGCUUAUAUUGUGAGAGGAGAAACCAAAUUCAGAAACUUGAAGAAGAACAAGACAGGUGGCGGAGUCUCGGUUACAUUUUUGGGGGAGAACGUGGCCACUGGAGUGAAACUCGAAGAUCAGAUAGCUUUGGGUAAAAGGCUUGUUUUAGUCGGGACGACAGGUACUGUUCGUUCUCAAAAAGAUGCUGCCUACGGAGCCAAUUUAGAACUACGUCUUAAUGACGCAGAUCAUCCAAUUGGCCAAGACCAAUCCUCUUUUGUGCUAUCACUCAUGAAAUGGAGAGGAGACUUGGCAAUUGGAGCAAACGCGCAGUCUCAGUUUUCUGUCGGGCGCAGUUCAAAGAUGGCUGUUCGUAUUUCCUUAAAUAACAAACAGAGUGGGCAGAUUACUGUGAAGACAAGCAGUUCGGAUCAUCUGGCUCUUUCUUUUGCUGGUCUCAUUCCAAUUGCUCUUUCCAUCUAUCAGAAAUUGAGGCCUAUUGCCAGUGAGAAUUACUCUAUAUACUAACGCCCAUUUCGUUUUUGAUUCUUCCAUUUUUCCCUAAUGGUGUCAAAAUUGUGAUGAUUACUUUUGUAGUUUCAUGAAUUACUUAUUAUCUCAAGCAUAAGUUCAUACUUGAUUACCAAA